CAACCCAAUCACGAUCGAUCUACCUCGAUCCCGACGCGUCGUCCGGCUAUCGUCCUUUGAACUCGCACGUGAGAAUAAGGAGAGAGAGAGAGAGAGAGAGAGAAGGAUAGAGACGAAAGUCAAUCUCCUUUGAUCCAUAAUACGUUUCUAGUCAUCCGUUCGUGAUGAGAUUGUCGUGAAAGACCGAUUUUCGCGGACAUCAUAUACAAUCUCAUUCUCUAUCAUCGAUAUCGGCGUUUCGUCUUUGGCGCGCUGUCAUAAUCGAUAAUCUUCUGGGCAGAUCUCGCUUUCGUACAAUACGCUCGAAAUGCGCAUACAGAGCAUAAGGGGACGAUGGGCAGUCCUUGCCGUAGUUUGCGUGGCUAAUUUACGAUUAGCUUUCUGCGAGAGCGAAUCGGGAAGUGAGGGAAAGAUCCACUCGGAGGAACCGCGACAACACACAUGUUGCGCUCGGCACGAAAAGAUGAUCGACGUCGGAUACGGGAUAUCCGGAGAAGUUAUCCAAAUCGAUGCUGGACACUGCCGAAAAUUAUGCCCGCGACACGUGUCCGACGAUCCCGGGGAUGCAAGUCGUCCAGCAGUGCAGAAAUGUUCGCCGGAGUCCCGUUGUCGUGCGAGGGCCGCCAAGUUGGAGAGAGUGUCGACGUUGCAGGGUGUUCGUGUCAUCGAGGCUAUAGAUGCCUGCGAGUGUUCGCCAGAAACGUCCUGCAAAAAAGAAGCCUACAUCCAUCUAGUGCAUUCCGGAACACCGCAUCAAACCGUCGUAGAUACUGGGGUUUGCAUCGGUCAUUGCGGCAAAGAUCUUGGUUGCAAGCCGGUACGAAAUAAUACAAUCAGCGUUAAAGGGCCAAAUGGUGAUGAAAUCUACCAAGUGGUGGAGAAAUGCGGCUGUGCCGGUAAUUGUCACCGGAUGGAUCAUAUGGAAACCGUGUUGGAUUACAGCGAAGUGACAAUUAAAGAGGGCACAAACACGACCGACGUGAGACCCGUAGUCCGACAAAUCAAUGUCGGACAAUGCGUUGGAACGUGUCCCGGAAACGAGACGGAAACAUGCCUUUUACGUGACAAGAAAGAGCCGUUCAGAUGUCUGGCCGGGAUAUACUCCAAGCAGCAUACCUGCACACCAACCACAUUUAAAGUGCACGAGUACAGAACCCGACGAGGUGCAAAGAGAGAAAUCAUUCAAAUCACCCAGUGUGCCUGCAUCUAGACUGAAAUUACAGCAUAUGAGUGUUGUCAUGUUCAAGUUAAAUCAAGGAUGAGAAAAAGAGAGAAAAAUGUACAAUACAGUGUGUUAAAUAUACUUUGCAUACUCAUGUUCCUAGGUACAUCAUGUACUAAUUUAUCAUGGCUGAAUAAAUCAACGAUGUCUUCAAGGAG